AUGUUCGAUAAGAUCUUAAUCUUCAAAAUCGUGUCGUUCUAUGUUGGAUCAUCAGUGUGUGUCUCCGGUCAUCGAGGUCUUUAUUCCGUCUCUCAUGAGGGAAGUGGAAAGUUGCGCAAACUCUUCAGGUUGGAGAUUCUCUUCAAUGGAAGGAAACACUUUGUUUUGCGGAGACACAGUGAAUUUCAGAUGCUUCACCGGAAGCUGAAGAAGAUUCUGCGCGCUCCCGAUUUCCCCAGUAAGAGAAAUCAGCACCUGCGAACCAAACUGCUGGAGCAAAGACGGCAGGAACUGGAAGACUACAUCCAGGUGAUUCUGUAUCAAAAUGACGUUGUUCCUCAAGAGCUCCUGGACUUCCUGCAGGUCAAACAUUUUCAUUCGGCGAGCAAGAACUGCAGCUCUGAUGAAAACCAGUCAGAUGACUGUCAAGAGCAGGGAUACAGAUUUCAGUUAUUCCAUCAGCGAGUAGUUGGUUUCUCGGCUGACCCUUACCAGCUUGAAUCCAGAUCAGACCUCCCUGAUAUCGUGGCGGCCGGCGUCCUGCAGGGUUUUUACCCCAGAGACGUCAAAGUGAGUUUCAAAAAGAGCUGCGCUAAACCCAGCGGCCUCACCUGUGCACCAGAGCUGCCCGUGCAUCCCAAAAUCCCCACUAUUACCAUAAACAAGAGGCAAUAUCAGCUCACUGCCAGAGACACAGAGAAUGUGAGCUUGCCUAGCAACUCCAUCUGCAUUAAAUGUGCCUUUGCAUGUUUAGACUGAAUCUUUCAUCUUUAGGUUUGUCAUAGUUUAUUAUGUGAAUCUCACAAAAACGGUCUCGGUCAUUUGGAGUUGGAGCCUGCCAACUGUAUUAUUAUGCACAAAAUAGAUUAAAAUUUUAAUAUUUAAAGUACCUCUGCAAUUAUACAGCAUUUCAAUACGUUGUACUAAAUUUAAUUUAGACUAUUUUUCAAAAAGGUUUUUUUUCCAUAUUAAAAUCUAGUUUUUGUGCAUAAUUUGUCUUCAUGAUCCUUGAAAUAAGUGAUCCAAACAAAUAAAUGUUUGCGUAUAUUUUUUAUUCAUUUCAUAUAUUUCUGAAAAAAAAGAAAGAAUAAAUAAAGACUAUUUUUAGGAACCCUGCCAACACACAAGUAGAUUUAAAUGUAAAUAUUUUAAGUGCAAAUGCCGUUAUAUGUCAUUGCAGUAUGCAGUACUAAAUGUGAUUUAUACUUUAGUUUUUCCCCCCACCAUAUUAAAAUGUAGUUUUGUGUUCAAUUUUAAUUUUCAUAAUUCGUUAUGGAUAUAUUUUGUCUUUUAAAUGUCAGUGUAAAAUAUAAACUGGACAUUUCUUCAUGAAAAUCACAUUCCAAACCCAGGUUGUCACUGAUUUUGUUUUACUGUGCCAAGACACUUUUAUUAAGAUUAUUAUGAAAUAAAGAGAGUGUCUGAUUUGUUCAUGGUCAAAAAACAAAACAAAACAAAAGGCAUUUAUUUAAGCAAGACGACAGCAUUAAGAAAACCUGGAUCCUUUAUUGAAGAUUAGUUUACAAAAGCAGGUUGAAGUGGGUCAGGAAUCUGACCGUGUGGAAUGCUGGUUUGAACUGGACCCAGGAUGUGCCGCUCUGCGGAUCAGGACUGGUGUGUGACGGUCCCGCGAGGGGGCGGAGCUCCAAU